AUGCGGAGGCAGAGGACAUCUUCCACAUCCGACGGCAAGGCCAAGUCACAAGCUUCGGUUGUAGUGGAGGAGUUUGUUGAGGAUGACUACGAUGACAAGGUACCAUUCAAGGAGAUCAUGGACAAGAUAUCUGAGGCGAACACACAGCGCGGAGGCCAUUAUGUGCCAAAGGUGCUGCCAGGAGUCUUGCCCAUUGGCGCGUGGGACACGGACAGUGGCGAGGAGGAGGAGGCAGAGCAGAAACGACAAAAAUCGUCGUCUGCUGCAUCGGAGGAGGAGGAACCAACGAGUCCUCCUAAAUCCACCAGGCCACCGAUCCUCCCGGUUCCAAAGCCCACAGAUCUCCACUGGAACACUUGGUCCAAGGCCAACAGGGCGUUCACGCCCAGCACUGAAGUUGGGACGCUGAAGCCAAAGCAGCUGAAUCUUUGGGAGGAGGCACGAGUCUUCUCGCCGUCGCGGACGUGGCCGGUUGGGCCUCUCCGCUCCGCCGCGCCCGAGUUUUAUGACGACCAGCGCCAGGGCCUGCCCAUCUGGCAAGCUGUCAGCUGGAAGCAUACCGGACCGUCCUUCCCGGUUCCUCCUCGCUUUAAGCGGCGGCCAGGCUCGGCCCAAACUCGUGGGCCGGCAGCUGCUGCCCCCCCCAGCGCUCAGCGGAGGUCAGCGCCCUCGAAGAAGGAGGAACCACGGAGCCGGCCAGGAUUCAUCGAAGCAUGA